GUCUUCUUUGCUCCUCGAUCGGUUGGGAAUCGGAAUGGUGGGAUAGAUGCCUCUCUGGUCAGUGCAAUGUCGCUCGAGUGGCUUAGGUGUGUGUUCUUGGAGUUGGUGACUCUGCUUUGCUCCUCGCCCCUCCUCCAAAAAAGAAGAUUUCGAUUUUGGGUUGCUUGGAUUCGGGGAUCAUACAUUCUGAACAUUUCUUGUUGCUGCAUAUUGGAGUUGGCAUUUCGGAUUCAGUCAAUCAAAUCAACUCCCGCUGCUAGAAUAUUUCAGCGAAGGGUUGGUGGUAGGAGCUGGGGGGACUGAUUUUCUCCCAUCCCCCUCAAUCACGAACGCACUCCCGACGCCGACAUCUCGGCUCGCAGCUCAUUCUUUUCUAGCCCCCUCCUUUGGUUUUCAGAAGCGGUUUUAGGGGUUGUCGGCAGGUUUUGUCACCGAGCGCUUUGGCGUCCGUAAUUUCAGGCCGCUUGUCCUUUCUUGCAUUUUUCUCCUUUUCUUUCAUGUGGCCUCACGUUUUCGAAACCCACACCUUUUCCAUUUUAUUUUCCCCGCGGAGUAGUUUUUUUUUACUCAAAUUGUACCGGAACCAAGGUUUAAUGGAUGCGGUUGCUUAUCUUCUCAGGAUAGCUACUCUUGACUCUUUGAGAUAGGACAGUAGAUAGAAGGAAAAGGAAAUAAGCUUGCUGUGUGUGAGCUGCUGCAGACUCCAAGAAGAUGGAUCAGUAUGAGGUGUUGGAGCAGAUUGGCAAAGGAGCAUUUGGUUCUGCGCUUUUGGUGAGGCACAAGGUCGAGAAGAAGAAGUAUGUGCUCAAGAAGAUACGCCUCGCACGGCAAACCGACCGCACACGCCGGUCUGCCCACCAGGAGAUGCAGCUCAUCGCGACAGUCCGGAAUCCAUUCAUUGUGGAGUACAAAGAUUCAUGGGUGGAAAAGGGUUGCUACGUUUGCAUUGUUAUUGGUUACUGUGAGGGAGGAGACAUGGCUGAGGCUAUCAAAAGAGCCAAUGGAAACCAUUUUUCUGAGGAGAAACUUUGCAAGUGGCUUGUGCAACUUCUCAUGGCUCUUGAUUAUCUGCAUGCUAAUCACAUUCUUCAUCGAGAUGUGAAGUGCUCCAAUAUAUUUAUUGCCAGAGAUCAAAGCAUACGCCUUGGUGACUUUGGUCUUGCAAAGAUAUUGACUUCAGAUGAUCUUGCGUCUUCUGUGGUAGGAACACCAAGUUAUAUGUGCCCAGAACUUCUUGCUGAUAUACCAUAUGGCACUAAAUCUGAUAUUUGGUCUCUAGGAUGUUGUAUUUAUGAAAUGACUGCUCUCAGGCCUGCGUUUAAAGCUUUUGACAUGCAAGCUCUUAUUAGCAAGAUCACAAAGUCGAUAGUAUCGCCAUUGCCCACGAGAUAUUCUGGUUCCUUUAGGGGACUUAUCAAGAGCAUGCUACGGAAAAGUCCAGAACACCGACCAAGUGCUGCAGAACUGCUAAAGCAUCCACAUCUUCAGCCUUAUGUGCUUCAGGUCCAGUUAAAGUCCAGUCCUUCUCGCAACAUGUCUCCAAUCUAUCAAGCUCUGACAGACAAAGUUAAGAAGAUGACAUUUCCUGGUGAUAUAACUGAUUCUGUGAGAAGAAGGGUGGCAAGAAGGAACUCUCUGGGGAAUGAGAGGACUGUAACAUUCUGCAAACCCUCUCCUGAGCGGAACUCUAUUAGCUCUACACGGAGCAUCAAAGAAUAUACAACUACCCAGAGUGUCAAAGAGCUAUCUGUUGACAGCAGUCAAAUUGAUGACGAGGUCACAAGUAAAGCCAUUAUAACAAAGACAUCGGGCAUUCUAAGGACUCCCAAGAGUACUCCAGCCAAGACAUUGACAACUAGAAAUCGGUUGGAUCCUCCAAAAACAUCAUAUACCAGAACAAACCAUGCUGAGUUGACCUCAAGAACACCUCUGAACAAAAGUGCUCGGACAGCAAGAAGAGCAUCGCUCCCACUGCCAACAUACAGAGCACCCAACAGCCGCACUGCUAGCAUCCUCGACCAGCUGGACUCCCCAGACGUGUCCGUCAACGCGCCUCGGAUCGACAGGAUCGCAGAAUUCCCUCUAGCUUCAUCCGAGGACCCCCUGGCUCCCAUGAACAACAACCUCUCUUCAGCUCCAGGCCACGGCCACGGCCACGGCUCGUGCUUCACGCCUCCCUCCAUCAACCGGUCCAUCACAAAGGACAAGUACACGGUGCAGGUGCUGCACACGGGCGACGGGGACAACGUGAGCGACUCGUCGGGGCGCAACGCCACCGCCGCGUCGAGCAGAGGGUCCAACGACUCGAGGCAGCAGCGGUUCGACACCUCGUCAUACCAGCAGCGCGCCGAGGCCCUGGAGGGCCUGCUGGAGUUCAGCGCACAGCUGCUGCAGCAGGAGCGGUACGAGGAGCUGAACAUCCUGCUGAAGCCGUUCGGGCCCGAGAAGGCGUCGCCGAGGGAGACCGCCAUCUGGCUCACCAAGAGCUUCAAGGAGACGGCGUCAUAGCAGCCUCCGGUCCUGUCUGUCUCUCUAUGUAGCUGCGGCCAGUUUUGUAACGUUUAAUGUAGCUCAGGUAGUUUAAGCUAUGUUAGGACCCCUCUCCCAGGUCUAGGUGCUGGAAGGAAGGCAACACCAGCUCAGUGUUGCUGCCCCCCCCCCCCCCCCCCCCCCCCCAAACUUAAAAUUCCCAUGUUGUUUAGCUGUUCUCAGGUUUCCAGUAGGAAAUUGAGCAAUCAGUAGUAGCAUUAGGACUACAAGCUGAACCCCAGGAUCUGGCAAAGAUCUUGAAACCUUUGCUGUAACAUAAUCAUGUGUCACUUGCGAUGAUGUAGUAGUAAACUGGAGGAGGAGGGCUUGGAAUGGAGAUCCAGUUGGCAGCAGGUUGGUUGGGUGUCCAUCCCCAUCUUGAACAGAGGCUGAAGAAUCCUAUGCUAGGAUUCCCCAUCCCCUGAUCCCAGCUUGUCCCCCCCUUCCUUGUGCUGACUAAAACAUAUAACGGAUGUGUUUGGUUGUU